GUGGCUUCGGCUCUCAAGUACGCGGCGGCAUCAAUUGGAGAAGACCCCGCUCAUUUCGGCUCCCACUCACUACGCAGUGGUGGUGCGACGGCUUUGUUCAACGCCGGUAUCGACAGUCUGGCCGUCAAGAUGUUCGGCCGAUGGAAAUCAGACGCCGUCGAAAGAUACACGGUGUUCAAGGAAGAUCUAACAGCCUCUCUUUCGCGCAGUAUG